AAAUUUCGCCCACCGACAACACUCUUCAUCACACACAUUCACCAUGGGAAAGGUUCACGGUUCCCUCGCUCGUGCCGGAAAGGUCAAGUCUCAGACUCCUAAGGUCGAGCCUCAGGAGAAGAAGAAGACCCCUAAGGGCCGCGCCAAGAAGAGAAUCACAUACACCCGCCGUUUCGUCAACGUCACCAUGACUGGUGGCAAGAGGAAGAUGAACCCCAACCCUGGCUCGUAAACGGACCGUCGACACCUGGGAGGGAACUAAGGGACGUAUGCAGCUAUGCUAGACAUUUUCAAAGUCAUGGAUUCAAUCUUCUUUCUCGGAAAUUAUAUGGUUAUGACUCUGGAUCAGAGAGCAGGGGACGGGACAGUCUCGACGUGAUUCAUGUUGGCAUGACCACUUGAACACAUCGGUGAUCCCCACGUCUUUGGGAGGAAAGGGGCAUAUUCAUGGCGCAUCAUGUACAUUCGGUUUGCACGACUGCUCUAUGAAAACACUAGCUUUUUCGUCCUGAAAUGUUGCACCUUUGAUUUGAUAUGUGAUAUCUUGACGCGGGACUGCCGCAAAAUACUACUUCAGCUGCACAUAUAUGUACUGUACUGAGCUCUUUCAGGUGUGGAAUCCGAUAUAUACAUGAAUAACUGCAAC